GCGUAUUUAUAGUGAGGAACGUCCAUGCCUGGACAAGCGAGGUUUCUUUGACUGCAAAUAUAGCUCACAAGAACUGUAAUCUAUUGGUGCCAGCAGCAUCUCUCGCUCUUGCACGAGCACUGUGUAGCACCGACGAUGGAGGGCAAGAAGACGUCAAAGCGAAAGACCAAGCGUGUUCGAAUAAAUAUGACUCUGUGCAGGUACGAGGUGGUGCGCCGUGUGGCACGAGCUCGGGGCUGGAAGCUCGUGACAGAUGACAAACCCGAAGGCAAACCAUCGGUAUGCAAUAUACACUGGAUCGACGUCCCCGACAUCCUCCCGACAUUCAAGACAUUGAUGCCGUAUCAGAAGGUAAAUCACUUCCCAGGAAUGGCCAACUUGGCAUGCAAGUCCAAACUAGCACGAAACCUCGAGCGCAUGAAGAAGCUAUUUCCCGGUGAGUACGACUUUGUUCCUCGAACAUGGAUCUUGCCGUUCGACCAGUACGAUUUCCAGCAAAAUUUCAACUCGGAAGGUGAAAGCCAACGCACGUUCAUUGUGAAACCUGACCACAUGUGUCAAGGACGUGGUGUGUUCCUCACUCGCAAGCUCUCACAAAUACCACGUGGGGAUGUUCUAGUUGCUCAGCAAUACGUUGCUCGCCCUCUGCUCAUUGAUGGCAAGAAGUUUGAUCUACGCAUUUACGUGCUUGUGACUUCGUGCUCUCCACUUCGAGUAUACAUUUUCAAGGACGGUUUGGUGAGAAUGUGCACAGCGGACUACGUGACUCCCAAUGCAGAAAAUCUCGAGCAACGAUUCAUGCACCUUACCAACUAUGCUGUGAACAAACACUCCAACAACUUCGAAACAAACAAAGGAGAUGGCAUUGAAGGUACAGGCAGUAAACGAUCACUCAAAUGGUUCUUCGUGUGGUUGAAGGAAAAACUCCCAAACGAUAAGGUAAUCAAACUAUGGGACCAAAUCGGUGAUAUCUGCCUGAAGACGAUACUGUCUGUACAACCUACCCUGGCACAGGAGUAUAGAUCGACCUUUGCAAAGUAUAUUCGUCGCCCCAACUCAGCAUCCAGAUCUGACCCUCAGGCUAGCGAUAUGAGCUUGGGACUCGACAACAAGAAACGUCGACCCAGUAGUGGAGGCGAUAAGGUCAACGAUAAAUGCGAGUCCUCCUCUCCUGCUGGCUCAUCGACACCACCUUCCUGUUCUUUCGCCCUGUUGGGCAUGGAUGUGCUCAUCGACGAACAACUCAAGCCGUGGCUACUAGAGGUCAACCACUUGCCAAGUUUUGGCUGCGAUUCGGCUCUGGAUUGGAGCGUGAAGGAACCUCUUAUUUCCCAAACUUUUGACCUAUUGAAUAUCUCUAGCAACGACAAAGAGCGAUAUGACACCGAGCAUGCCCGUGCAAUUCAACGUAGGCUUUACGGAGGUGUCUCGAUUCCUGUCUCGAGCAAUUCUGGAUCUAGCUCAGUAAUGAGUGGCAAUCAGUAUAGUGAACUUCCGCCGUUGAUCCCUUCGCCUCGAACAAUUGUCCCCGACGAUACUAACGAAUCCGAUAAGGGGAACCAGUUGCCAUUGAACGCAGACCAGCUUCGUGAAGCGCUUACCAAUUACUACUCCCACUUCAACGCGGAUCGCCUGCGUCAUCUUGACACAAUUAUGACUAAGUAUGUUGACAAUCAGGAGGAACUAAGUCGCAGUCUCCAGCUAAAAUAUGGCAAAAGUAUCUUCGACUUCGCGCAUCGCGAUCCUGUUAGCAACAAUGGUCAAGUAGAAGAAGACGCCAGACAAAAAGUCGAUCAGGAACCGCUGAUUGACUUUGUUCGUAUAUAUCCUCCGCAAUGCUCACAGAAAGAUUCGAAGUACCGCAAGAUGUUGGACGCUUCGCAGCAGUAUAUCGAUGAACUGCAAUUGCGGUUCUCGGCACCACUGCAGCAUCGCCGACCAGAAACAGACAGCAAUGGAGUGGUGCUCCCACAGCUGAAAGGUGUCCAGAAAAAAGAGCAGCUUGGUCGAGACUGCUUCGGGUUUUCUGGAACUGACAAAGCGCAGUGGUUCGCGGCUGCAGCUGAUAAAAAACCUUUGGUAGUACCGGGGCCGAUGCAAGUGGCAGCAGCUCAUCGAAUGAUGCUAGGUCACUCCAGCCAAAAGUUGUCUAUCAAACCUCCCACUCCGCCAGAACCUCUUCCUUCCCGCUCCGGCACCCCUGUAAACUACGGGCUUCAAUAUCGUGAACGACUCGCAACGCUCAAGAACAAGCCGACGCUUACCGUCUCUCAGGUUUCCUUCUGCUUCGACGGGCCAUUUUAACCAUCGUUCACAGCGAUAGUAAUACCUACUAGUAUCAUCCUUACUUCUGUGUGAUGUGCAAAUCUACUGAACCUUCAAAGACGCCUCAUCAAUCGAUCUCGAUAAUGUCAGGCGACCGCUUUCUCUUCUUUAGAGACUGAGUAGUGGCUGCACUCUCCGAACCCUUUGUCGCACUCAUAAGACAUCGCGGGAGUUGAAUCUGAAAUCUGUCCUUCUUCAAAUGCUGAGCUUGAGGCCCAGGAACCAAAUAGCAGAUCGUGUUGUACGC